CACCGCUAACUCCGGCAUCUUUGCAAUGAAGAUAAACGGCGUACAACCAACAUUCACACACAACGAUAGAUACGCCACACUUCCGCUUGCGUCUGACGUAACUUCCGUUGCCCUUGGCAGCAGAGACGCGCACAGGAGGACUAAAAGUUGUACCAGCCAUCCGGUCACAGACAAAAUGGGUGAAGCUGAGGAAACACUCAAGAGGAUCGACACGCAUAAAGGUGUGAUUGGAACAAUAGUUGUCAAUGCAGAAGGUAUUCCCAUCAGAUCAUCUUUGGAUAACUCCACUAGUGUUCAGUAUGCAGGACUUCUUCGCCACCUCACAACGAUGGCCAGGAGCACAGUCAGGGAUAUCGAUCCUCAGAAUGACCUGAUCUGCCUCCGCAUGCGCUCUAAGAAACACGAGAUCAUGGUUGCACCAGAGAACAACUUUCUGCUGAUAAUCAUCCAGAACCUAUGUGAAUAGCUGCCGGACAUUUCCAUGAGAAUCGGCCUUUGGUUUGUCACAUGGUGUUGCUUUAUCAGAGCAAAAUGUCUAUUUUCCACUGUUUUGUUGCUUCAUGAAAGAAAUGCUUCAUCUUUUUCUACUUGGAACAUAAGUAUUUUGCCCUAAUCUACAUAAUAGUUUGUUUUACUUUAUGUACUUCUUUUAUAUCUGUGUUGAUGUCAAAUGAGUCUGUGAAGUAAAGCUGGUGGUCAUUCUACAGUUCUCAGUAAAUCCUGCUUGUUUAUUCUGUUAACAAUAGCAAACAUUAUGUAAUCAUUUUUAUCCAGUGGCAGAAGAAAGAGUUUAGAUCACAGUGUAAAAUUACUCUGUA